UCCAUCCCCCUCAGAGGUGCCAUGUGCUCUUUGUACGUCGAGUUAGUGGAGGUCCAUGUACUCGAGCAGCUCUAUGCGGCUGCCACUGCGGGCAUAAGCUAUGGCUUCACUGUCGGGGAAAAGGGUCUUGUGCUCAAGGUGCGGGGCUACAACGAGAAGCUCCAUCUGGUGGUGGAGGCCAUUGCCCAGGCGAUUGUGAGUGUGGCCGACAGUCUCGAGGAGUCCAUCCUAAAUAACUAUCGCGACAAUCUCCGGGAGCUCUAUUUUUAUGAGUUGAUCAAGUCGCCGCUGCUUUGCAGGGACAUUCGCGCAUGUGUGAUUGAGGAGUCUCAUUGGCUGACCAUCGACAAGUACAAGAGCAUCAAUGGCAUCACUUUGGAGGAAUUCAAGGCCUUUGCUCAACGGUUCCCUCAGGAGCUGUACAUUCAGGCCCUCAUUGAGGGCAACUACACGGAGCUGUCCGCCUGCAGUUUGUUAAAUACGGUGAUCAGUCGCCUCCAAUGUCGGGCCAUUUCAGAGCCCCAAUUGCUGGAGGACAGUGUGAAGGAAUUGCCACAAGGUAGCCACUGCACUCUCUGUAAUGCCCUCAACGAUCGCGAUGCCAACACGGUGAUCAUGAACUACUAUCAAAUCGGACCGAAUACGAUCCGAGUGCAGAGCAUCCUCGAUCUGAUGAUGGAAAUCCUUGAGGACCCCAUCCAUGAAUAUCUGUGCACACAGGAGAAACUGUGCUACGAGGUGUACGCCAGAGUACGGCUCUAUUAUGGCAUUGUUGGGUACUCAAUUACUGCCUCGUCGCAUCAAACGAAAAAGGGAGCCAAGAAUUUGGAGCGGGGCAUCGAUCAAUUCCACCACGCGAUGCUACAGAUCCUCAACAAAAUGCGCGACGAUGAGUUUUUGCGCUCCAAGGAGAAACUCAUUCAGGCGAAGCUCGCCCCUGACGACAGCCUGGCCAUGGAAUCGGAUCGCCAUUGGGAGGAGAUUAUCAAUGGGGAUUUUCUGUUCGAUCGGAAUCAACAAUAGGCCGAUGCCUUGCACAAUAUC